AUGGCCCACCCCCAGUCCAACGACGCUUUCGUGGCUGGAAAUCGCAUUGGCGCCUGGAUCCUCCCCAGACCGUCAGGUCCCGCGAUGAGCGAUGGCCCUCUUGACGGCUGUGUCCUUGGCCGUCUGGGCUCGACGGAGAUCGCAAGGCGAGAGCGAGCCCGCCGGCCCAAGGUUCGCACUGGCUGUGUCACAUGCAAAGCUAGGCGAGUCAAGUGUGAUGAGCGUAAGCCCGCAUGUGUCCGCUGUGAAAGCGCCAGGGUUACUUGUCAAGGCUACGUCGAGGCCAUCGACCGUCGCAGAAAGAGUGUCGUCGCUCGGCCUAUGGCUACACGGCCUCUUGCGCCGCGAUCUCCCACGCCCAAAUUGCAGGAGAUAACCAUAACUCAGUCCAUUCCGUCUAGCAUCUCGACACUUCCCCUGGCUGGCCACCAAGACGGGACGUAUUUCGAUUACUUUCGACAUCAGGUCACCGCCAACCUGGCUGGGUUUUAUACGUGUCCAGUCUGGUCACAGCUUGUCAGCGAAGGCCUCCAGGACGAUUGUAUUCAGCAUUCGAUACUCGCGGUAGGGGCGCUGAUUCGAGCCGUUGGCACCCUCGUGCCUGACACUUCAUCCCCGAACACAACCGAAGAAGAUACUUAUGCAGUUGCCCAACACCGCAACACAGCCCUGCGGCAUCACUUAAAGGCUGUGAAGUCUUUGCGAGAGAGAAUAGAGGUUAUGGCCACGACAGCUCCCAGGACCGUCGUAGUGUCGACUCUUCUACUUGUUGUUUUCGAGUUGGUACAAGGCCAGGUCAAGAUAGCAGAGACGCUUCUUGAUUCUUCAUUGCGUAUUCUGAAAGACCUAAUUACCAUCUUUCAGACGAAGACUGAGGAGCAACCCAGGCGUGUCAGUGAUUCCGGAUUCCAGGAUAUGGAACAUGUCCUGCCCUGCAUUUCCGUCAUGAGCCACCUCUCAAAUAUCUCCCGACCCCAGCAUCAGUUUCCAAGUUACUUCAAGGUUGAGCCCGAGCUUCGUUCCGAUGACCCCGAUUGUAGUAGCGUUUCAGAAUUCUUUAGUUCCUGGGGUAGAUUCUUUACCUCUGGCAGCAUCUUUGUGGGCCACUCUGCUUCCACUGUGACCUCAACUAACCCACCAGACGACAUCGCCGUCAUGCGCCGGGAAAUAUUUCUCUCUCAGCUACAGAAAUGGAAAGGUGUCAUGGACCGUUAUGCGAGGAGUGACUUGGUGGAUGACGCUUCGAAAAAGGCGUUGCGCAUUGCACAAAUCCAUUGGCUGCUGCUUCACAUAUCGCUUGCGUGCUGUCUAGAUGCAACGCAAGUUGCCUAUGAUGCAUUCAAAGAGGAAUUCAGAGAACUUACGAUGAAAUGCAUCGGCUUGUACCGAGACUCCUUGUCCCAUCCGAGGCCGACUUCGGUUCUGCUCGGACAAGGUCUCAUUCUACCGCUUUGCACGGUUGUACGCGCGUGCCGCGACCAUGAUAUUCGUAUGAUGGCUGUUGAGGCGCUCAAGGAGCUUCCUUCGUCCAUGGUCCCGUGGGAUAUUAUUUCUACCAUGGAUGGGAUUCUGGGAGCGGCCUUGCUUGAAGAGAUUGGCCGAGAUAAGGACGGCUCUGUGCCGCCCCGAGCGAGAUGGUUUUGGCUGCGGGACGAAGAUGCGCCAGCGGAGGGGACGGAGAAAUGCGGAAAGAUUUAUCAAUGCGUUAUGCUCGGCGACGAUGGGCAACAGGUAUACGCGAGUCUCUCGCCGCUCGAUGAUGUGCGGCGGGAGAUAUGUAACGUUCGGCGAUGCGCAGGUAUUCAUACUUUAGAUGCCAGUGACGGGCUCAGCACCUAG